AUGGAAGCAUCAAUUUCUGAUUCAAACGACCCUCCUAGCUGUGGAGAUGCAUAUAGAGCCGCAGUUCAUGGGAACUUGCAAAUUCUCAUGAAAUUCAAUGCGAGAGAACUAACCUCACCCAUCAAUAUUUGGGGUGGCACCAUUUUUCAUGUUCUUGCUCUAAAUUGCCACACCAAGGCUGUCAUAGAGCUACUUAACUCAUUGUCAUCAUCAUCAUCAUCAAUGUCUAUGAUCAAUGGCCUAAACACCAAAAAUUUCAAUGGCAACAUACCACUCCAUGAAGGAGCCAGGGUUGGCGCUUUGGAGAUUGCUAAGUUAAUGGUGCGGAAGGAGGAGAGCCUUCUCCAUGAGAGAAAUUCCAUGGGAGAGACACCACUGUAUUGGGCUGCAGCUAGUGGACAGAAGGCAAUGUUAAGGUUCCUAGCCAUGAAAAAUAGCAGCUUCAACCCACCAGCCGGAUUGAGAAGAAAUGAUGGUUCUUCGAUUCUUCAUGCUGCUGUAAUGGGAGAGUUUUAUGGUCUAGCUUUAGAGAUAAUGGAUCGGUACCCUGAUCUAGCCAUUGUUGGUGAUAAAGAUGGGAUCACAGUUCCUCAUCUAUUAGUACGGUCACCCUCUUCGUUCAAAAGCGGGACAUUUUACUCGGAUAUCAAUUUACUCUAUUCUUUCUUCAUUCCUCUGGCACUGUUAGAAUUAGUAAUUUACUUCUGUAUGUACGAGCAUCUUUGAUCUCUAUGUAAGGUUGUCUUUCAUUCUAUUGAGAAUUGAUUGUUUAGUGAAUGAAUGAACAGGUAUUCCAUCCGAUUCU